AUGUAUAAUAAUAAUAAUAAUAAUAAUAAUAAUCGGCAAACAUUUUAAAAUGUAGGAUAUUAAUCAAUGAACACAUACAAUUAAAUUCCUAAUUUCAACUAACAAUAGGCACUAGAAGAAGAUUAUAAAAAGUAAAAUAUAUUUGAAAUAUAAAUAGACGAUUACAAUAGAGACAAUAAUAUUUAUCAAUGUAAUAGUUAAUAUAUGAUUAGAACAUGAUGAUUAAUUAAUUGAUGUAUUAAUAAUAAUAUCAAUAACAAAUGCAAUAAUAUCAAUAAUACUAAUAAUAUUAAUAAAGUUAUCAAAAGCCUAAUUAGAAACCAAUAAAUAUUUAAUUAAAAUCAAUAACAUUAAAACCAUUAGAAUAUUAUUCAUAAUAAAUGAGUAGUAUUCAUUAUCCACCUUAUGCUCAACCAUAUCCAUAAAGAUAAGUUGUUUAGAUACCACAAUAGGAUAAUGAAAGAAUUUAUGGUUUUAAAAAUGAAGUUUCAAAAAAAACUAUAGAAGUAUAGACAGAUGAUAAAAUAACUGAAUAUGAUAAAUUUUAAAGAAUGGGGUUAGCAAAUACUAUAAAUAAAUAAAUUGAUGAUUAUUGGGGACCAAAAAAAGAAGAAUAGGAUUAAUAAUAAGAAUAAAAGGAUAAAAAAUAUUAGGGAAAUUUUGAAAUUAAUUUGAAAAAUGAAUAAGAAUAAAAAUAGAAAGAAGUAUAAAAAACAGAAAAAUAAUAUUAAAGAAAACGUUUUAAACCACCUGGAAUGACAAAAGAGUAAUAUUUUUAUUUAUUUUUAUUUUAGAUAAUGGGCAAAGGUCAAUUUUAGACUAUUUAAAGAUUAAUUCUCUUUUUUUGCAUUUUAUUUAUGGGAAGUAAGAACAAAUUUUUCUAAUAGAAAAUAACUUGCUUUAAAUUAAAAAGGUGAAUAAGCUAUUAAAUGUCUAUAAAAUUUUUUAGAAAUGUUUUAGAAAAAUUCAGCAAAAGUUAUUGUUUAAUUUUCAAGUAAUAAGGAAAAUUUGAAUAUUACUGAUAAAAGAAAAAUAUUGGAAGCAGAAAUGAUAUAAAGAAGAUAAAAUUUAAAAAAUCAAACAAAAAAGUUAUUUCAAACUUUGAUUUCUAAUUUUAAUGCAAAAGAUAUAAAAUAAGAGACUAUAGAAUUUUUAGGAUCAAUAUUACACGAUUUUGAAUUUCCUAUUUAAAAUUUUUUGUUUCUUUUUGAAGUGAAUAGACUUGAAUUUAAUCUUAUAGGUCAAUUAAAAUUGAUGACUGAUAUAAAAGCAUAAUGUUUAUUAAUCACAUUAAUAUUAAUAAGAGUGUUUAUUUUAAGAAUUAUUUUAAGACCUUGGGUAGAAUUUCCAGAUAGAGUUAAAAAAAAAGAAUUAUUUGAAUUAAAUUGUCAUAUAGUAGGUAGUUUAAUGUAUGAAAUAAUAAUGGAUUAUGUAAAAUAGAAUUGGUUAAAACAACUUGGUAAUUAAGCUCAUUUACAAUCAAAAUAUAAAAUAUUUCCAAGACCAUUAGGUCCAUUAUUAUCUGAUAAUUAUUAAUUACCUGAUGAUGUUGCAGAAGUGAGAUAAAUUAGAUAAUUAGAAGAACCUUUAAUUAUGGGUCUAGCAAAUAAAGACGAUUUAAAGGCUAUAAUAGAAGAUGAUAAACAAUUUUGUAAAGAUUAAUAAAAUGUUAUAAAAUAAUGGGCUGAAAAUAAUUAUAAAUUAGUUCAUUAAAAUUACCUUAUAAGAAAAAAAUAAAAUAGAAGAAUCAGAUUUGAAAACAAACUUAAGUUCAUUGAAGUGGCUUUUUAUACUAAGGAGGAAGAAAAAUAAAAACAUUUGUAAAAAGCACAAUAAAUUUAUGAUAAUUAUGAAUCUCUUUUACCUUAACCAGAAUAAGAUCAAACAUGA